UUUUUGGUAAAAAAAUCACUUGACAAAAAAAGAAAAAAGAAAAAAAAGAAAAGUGGAUUAGGUAGAAACCUAACACAACUUUUUUUAUGAGUUAACGAUGAUCGGAUUCGAUUUAUGGUUUGGUUUUACAUCUGAUUUGAAUUUAUCAUUGCUUGAUUGUAAUUGGUCGAUCGGAUUUAUGUAGUCUUGAAAUCAUCUUUGGCUUUGUUAAUUGAUGCUUAUAAAUAAAUAGAUUAAUGCGUGUUUCUGUUUUAGCUACAUUCGCUUUCAUGUUACUUUGUGUGGACAAAACAAAAUCUUGGAAGCAUAGAACAUAGAAUCUGUAGAUGUAUCUGUGUAUUUUUUGCCUAAAACAGUGUAUCUUCUUUAACAUCAAUUGCUUUGUUAGUUCGCAAUCUUUAUUUCUUUCUUAUUUGGAAGGAUCUUCUAUGCGUUAGAAACUGUGUUAAAUUGAUAUUUUCUCCUCCUUUUUUGGUGGAUAAGAUUCACUUUUUGUCACUGUCAGGGCUUCUGAUGUUGUAUGUGUUUUAUUUUUUGGUUCAAUUUUAGUAAUUUAUUUGUUUUUCCCCGUUUUGUUGUUUUUUUCUUUUUUGCAUUGGGAUGUGAUUUGUAUGGGUUGAUGAUGCCAGAGCUACGAAGCAGAGCACGAAGAUCAAACAGGCUUGGUGAUCUGCAGCCUUCUCCUCAACCAAUCAAUCAAGUGGAAAAUUUGGCCUUACCUGCUCAAAACAGAACCAUGUCUGGGGUUUUCGGAGAAUGUGGAUGAGAUCAAGGCUGAGUCGCCGGCGAUUUUCUACGGCGAUUCGACGUCGUAUUGAAGACGAAGGUGACUGGUGUUACUCCUCGAAAUGGUGGGGGAACGAAUUCGACGGCCACAUCGUUCUCCGAUCAACUUCUGAUAAAGGAAAUGGCAUCAUCUCCGUCGUUGCUUACCCUUCUUCCAGACCAAGUGAAGUUCAUUGGCCAG